AUUUGUAUUGCCGAUUGCGCCAAUCGCGAGGCCGAAUCUUUGGUUCAAGAAAAUUAGUGAGCAGACGACAAAACCCUAAGCCAGCAGCGCAAUUUUGAGAUUUAUUAAUUUUGAGAAGUGCUAAUUGAAGCAAAAAUGGCUUUCCUACUUCCAAACAUCUAUAAAUGUUUGUGCUUUAGGAGUCAAACCGGUCUCAAUGCAGUGCAAACUGCGUCGUACCACGCGAAUGUUAUUGACCACUACGAGAACCCUCGUAAUGUCGGUUCUUUGGACAAAAAGGAUAAGAGUGUGGGCACAGGUUUAGUUGGAGCACCAGCUUGCGGUGACGUCAUGAAACUGCAGAUCAAGGUGGAUGAGAAUGGAAAGAUCAUUGACGCAAAAUUUAAGACUUUUGGCUGCGGAUCUGCUAUUGCUUCAAGCUCUCUUGCUACUGAAUGGGUGAAAGGCAAGACUGUUGACGAGGCACUGAAACUCAAAAAUACAGAUAUUGCUAAGGAGCUGUCUUUACCACCAGUCAAGCUUCACUGCUCUAUGCUUGCAGAAGACGCCAUCAAAGCAGCACUCUCCGACUAUAGGAUCAAGCAACAAACUGACAAGAACUAAGUAUCACUUACUAAGAAUGAUGAAAUAGUUUAAGAGCUGUCAGAUAUUUUUAUACAAAAAGUAUUUUACAAGUGCAUUAACUACCUAUUGAAAAAUAUCUACCAGCUCUUGGUCUAUGACUGGAACAGAUCUGUGAUGGUAUUGAAAGUUUAUGGGAUUUCGAAUGAUUAGAUUUAGUGUAGAUGUUCCCAUUAUACCAUUGUAUUAAACAAUGAAUAUUGAAUAUUCAGAUUUUAAUGUCAUCGUUUUAUUUAUUAAAACUUAUUGAAAUCCCUGAUAGUAUGUAAAUGUAUAUUGAUUUGUUAGAUAAAUAUUUUAUUGUAAAUUA